UGGAAAUCUCCUCCUAAUUUUGGAAAGGAGGCGGGCCUCUUGCACUGCUCCACCCCCAGGUGUCGCGGGUAGGUUUAAAUAGUGUGGAUGAGGAAGGACAACAUCAUCAUCAUCACCAGCAUCACUUCAUUUACCUGACAUGGUAUUCUCAUUUCCCUGGAGUUCAUCCUGCACUGAGGACUGAAACACUGAACAGCCCGAGGUACAAACGAGAUCAGAGGUCAGCUCAGCUCCCAGCGCCACUCCAGAGGGUGACCCAGUAGCCAGCGACCAACCAGACGUCAGCUCAACCACCUCUGAACCCCCAGCCGCCUCCGACUCCACCACUGCUGCUGCUGCUUGUAUCCCACAGGCCGACACCGAUACGUCCAACAUGGCUGACCCAGCCACUGAAGACAGCAAGUACCUCUUCCUGGAAAACGACUUCCGCAACAGCGGGGUGGCCCAGGCCGACUGGGCGGCCAAGAAGAUGGUGUGGGUGCCGUCAGAGAGGGAGGGCUUCGAGCAGGCCAGCAUCAAGGAGGAGAAGGGGGACCAGGUGCUGGUGGAGCUCUCCAACGGUCACAAGGUGACGAUAAACAAAGAUGACAUCCAGAAGAUGAACCCGCCCAAAUUCAGCAAAGUGGAGGACAUGGCCGCCCUCACUUUCCUCAACGAAGCCUCCGUCCUGCACAACCUGCGUGAGAGAUACUUCUCCAGCCUGAUCUAUACAUACUCGGGUCUGUUCUGUGUGGUGGUAAAUCCCUACAAGAUGCUGCCCAUCUACUCUGAGAAGAUCAUUGAAAUGUACAAGGGAAAGAAACGCCACGAGGUGCCACCGCACAUCUAUUCCAUCACAGACAACGCCUACAGAAACAUGAUGCAGGACCGUGAGGAUCAGUCCAUUCUCUGCACAGGCGAGUCUGGAGCCGGGAAGACAGAAAACACCAAGAAGGUGAUUCAGUACCUGGCUGUCGUCGCCUCCUCGCACAAGGGCAAGAAGGACGCCAACCCUCAGCAGCAGCAGCAAGCAGGAUCUCUGGCUUAUGGGGAGUUGGAAAAGCAGCUGCUGCAAGCAAAUCCCAUCCUGGAGGCCUUCGGCAAUGCAAAAACCAUCAAAAACGACAACUCCUCACGAUUUGGAAAGUUCAUCAAACUCAACUUUGAUGUGACCGGCUAUAUCGUUGGGGCAAAUAUUGACACCUACCUGCUGGAGAAGUCUCGCUGUAUUCGUCAGGCCAACACUGAGAGAGCCUUCCACAUCUUCUACUACAUGGUGGCAGGAGCCAAAGACAAGAUGAAGGAGGAGCUUCUCCUGGAGGACUUCAGCAGCUACCGUUUCCUGGUGGCAGGUCACGUGGAGAUCUCUGGUCAGCAGGAUGACGAGAUGUUUGAUGAGACUCUGGAGGCCAUGGAGAUCAUGGGCUUCACCGAGGAGGAGAGAUUAGGGAUGUUGAAGGUGGUGUCCACUGUGCUCCAGCUGGGCAACAUGAAGUUUGAGAAAGAGAGGAACAGUGAGCAAGCGACCAUGCCUGACAACACCGCUGCCCAGAAGGUGUGCCACCUGCAGGGCAUCAACGUGACCGACUUCACCCGCGCCAUCCUCACACCCAGGAUUAAAGUGGGCAGGGAGGUGGUGCAGAAAGCCCAGACCAAGCAGCAGGCUGAUUUUGCAGUGGAGGCUCUGGCUAAGGCCAUGUAUGAGCGUUUGUUCCGCUGGAUCCUGGCCAGAGUUAACAAGACACUGGACAAGAGUAAGAGACAGUCAGCAUCCUUCCUGGGCAUCCUGGACAUCGCUGGUUUUGAGAUUUUUGAGGACAACUCUUUUGAGCAGCUCUGCAUCAACUACACCAACGAACGUCUGCAGCAGCUCUUCAACCACACCAUGUUCAUCCUGGAGCAGGAGGAGUACAAGAGGGAGGGCAUCGAGUGGAACUUCAUUGACUUCGGCCUCGACCUGCAGCCCUGCAUCGAGCUCAUCGAGAGGCCGAACAACCCUCCAGGUAUCCUGGCUCUGCUGGACGAGGAGUGCUGGUUCCCCAAAGCCACUGAUGUUUCUUUUGUGGACAAGCUGCUGAACACCCACACUGGACACGUUAAAUUCUCCAAGCCCAAACAACACAAAGAUAAACUGAUGUUCAGUGUGCUGCACUACGCUGGUAAGGUCGACUACAACGCAGCCAACUGGUUGACAAAGAACAUGGACCCUCUGAACGACAACGUGACAGCGCUGCUCAACAGCUCCUCCAGCACCUUCAUCCAAGACCUGUGGAAAGACGUGGAUCGAGUGGUGGGUCUGGAGACCAUGACCAAGAUGUCUGAGAGCUCAGCGCCCACCUCCACCAAAUCCAAGAAGGGCAUGUUCCGCACAGUGGGCCAGCUGUACAAGGAGUCUCUGGGCAAACUGAUGACCACACUGCACAACACGCAGCCCAAUUUUGUCCGCUGCAUCAUUCCCAACCACGAGAAGAGGGCCGGUAAGAUGGACUCCCACCUGGUGCUGGAGCAGCUGAGGUGUAACGGCGUGCUGGAGGGGAUCCGAAUCUGCAGACAGGGAUUCCCGAACCGCAUCGUGUUCCAGGAGUUCAGACAGAGGUAUGAGAUCCUGGCUGCCAAUGCCAUCCCAAAAGGCUUCAUGGAUGGGAAACAGGCCUGCUGUCUGAUGGUUAAGCAUCUGGAUCUGGACCCUAACCUGUACCGUAUCGGCCAGAGUAAGAUGUUCUUCAGGACGGGGGUUUUGGCCCAGCUGGAGGAAGAGAGAGACCUCAAACUGACCGUCGUCAUCAUCGCCUUCCAGGCUCAAGCAAGAGGCUUCCUGGGUCGCAAGGCUUUCAGCAAACGUCAGCAGCAGCUGAGUGCCAUGAAGGUCAUCCAGAGGAACUGUGCCUGUUACCUCAAACUGAAGAACUGGCAGUGGUGGAGGCUUUUCACUAAGGUGAAGCCACUGCUGCAGGUGACCAGACAAGAGGAGGAAAUGGGUCAGAAGGAGGAGGAGCUAAAGGCAGCCAAAGAGGUGGCCGCUAAGACUGAGGCCGAACUGAAGGACAUCACCCAGAAACACACCCAGUUGAUGGAGGAAAGGGCGCAGCUGGAGUCAAAGCUUCAGGCAGAGACGGAGCUGUGCGCUGAGGCUGAGGAGAUGAGGGUGCGACUGGAGGCCAAGAAGCAGGAGCUGGAGGAGGUGCUGCAUGAGAUGGAAGCCCGGCUGGAGGAGGAGGAGGACCGCAGCAACGCCCUGCAGCAGGAGAGGAAGGACAUGGAGCAGCAGCUACAGAUGAUGGAGGCCCACAUAGCCGAGGAGGAAGACGCUCGACAGAAGCUGCAGCUGGAGAAGGUGGCUGUGGAAGGAAAGGUGAAGAAACUGGAGGAAGACGUUCUGAUCAUGGAGGACCAGAAUAGCAAACUGCAGAAGGAGCGAAAACUCCUGGAGGAGAGGAUGGCUGACAUGAGCUCUAACCUGGCCGAGGAGGAGGAGAAGUCUAAGAAUCUGACCAAACUCAAAGCCAAACACGAGUCCAUGAUCUCUGACCUGGAGGUGCGCAUGAAGAAGGAGGAGAAGGGUCGUCAGGACAUGGAGAAGGCUAAAAGGAAGGUGGAGGCGGAGCUGGCCGACCUGCAGGAGCAGCACACCGACCUGCAGGGUCAACUAGGAGAUCUCCGCGGCCAGUAUGCAGCCAAGGACGAGGAACUUCAGGCCACUCAAGCCCGUUUGGAAGAUGAGAGCAAUCAGCGUGGGGCGGCUGUGAAGCGAGUUCGAGAGUUGGAGACAAUGAUGUCAGAGCUGCAGGAGGACUUGGAGGCAGAAAAGGAAGCGAGAGGGAAAGCCGAAGCAGCUCGACGGGACCUCGGGGAAGAACUUAACGCUCUACGGUCUGAGCUGGAGGACAGCCUGGAUACAACCGCCGCCCAGCAGGAGCUCCGGGCAAAGCGAGAACAAGAGGUGGCCAUGUUGAAGAAAGCCAUGGAGGAGGAGGGACGGAGCCACGAGGCCCAAAUCCAGGAUCUGAGACAGAAACAUAGCCAAGCAGUGGAGGAGCUCACAGAGCAGCUGGAGCAGGGCAAGCGGGCGAGGGCUGGUCUGGAGAAAGCCAAGCAAGCUCUGGAGAAGGAAACGGCAGAUCUGAGCGCCGACCUGAGAUCCCUUGCCAGCGCCAAACAGGAGGUGGAGCACAAGAAGAAGAAGGUGGAGGGUCAGCUGAAUGACCUACACUCUCGCUUCAACGAGAGCGAACGUCAAAAGAACGAGCUGACUGAGCGAGUCUCAAAGAUGACUAUGGAGCUGGACAGUGUGACCGGUCUGCUGAACGAGGCUGAGGGAAAGAACAUCAAGCUGAGUAAAGAUGUGUCCAGUUUGUCCUCUCAGCUCCAGGACGCACAGGAGCUGCUAUCAGAGGAGACCCGUCAGAAGCUGAAUCUGUCUGGACGUCUCCGUCAGAUGGAGGAGGACAGGAACAGCCUGAUGGAGCAGCUGGAGGAGGAGACGGAGGGCAAACGGGCUGUGGAGAGGCAGGUGUCCAGCCUCAACAUGCAGCUGUCUGACUACAAGAAGAAGCUAGACGAGAUGUCAGGGACAGUGGAGAUGCUGGAGGAGGGGAAGAAGCGUCUGCAGCGUGAGCUGGAAUCAGCCAACACCGAGUACGAGGAGAAGGCUUCAGCCUAUGACAAGCUGGAGAAGAGCCGAAACCGGAUGCAGCAGGAGCUGGAGGACGUUCUAAUGGACCUGGACAGCCAGCGGCAGCUUGUCUCCAACUUGGAGAAGAAGCAGAAGAAGUUUGAUCAGAUGCUGGCAGAGGAGCGAGCUGUGUCGUGUAAGUUCGCAGAAGAGCGAGAUCGAGCCGAGGCAGAGGUGAGGGAGAAGGAGACGAGGGUGCUGGCUGUGACCCGAGCACUGGAGGACAACCAGGAGGCUCUGGAGGAGGCAGAGAAGACCAUAAAGUCGCUCCGAGCUGAGAUGGAAGAUCUUAUCAGCUCCAAGGAUGACGUGGGGAAGAGUGUGCAUGACCUGGAGAAGGCGAAGCGAGGCCUGGAGGCCAUUGUGGAGGAGAUGAGGACGCAGAUGGAGGAGCUGGAGGACGAGCUGCAGGUGGCCGAAGACGCCAAGCUGCGUCUGGAGGUCAACAGUCAGGCGCUCAAAGCUCAGCAUGAGAGGGAGCUGCAGGCCCGAGAGGAGAUGGGAGAGGAGAAGAGGAAGCAGCUCCUCAAACAGGUUCGUGAGCUGGAGUCAGAGCUGGAGGAGGAGAGGAAGCAGCGGGGUCAGGCGUCUGCUGGAAAGAAGAAGCUCGAGGGGGAGCUGAAGGACAUGGAAGACCAGCUGGAGGCCGCCAGCAGAGGGCGUGAAGAGGCGCUCAAGCAGCUCCGCAAAAUCCAGGGCCAGGUCAAGGAUGUCCAGAGGGACUUGGAGGACUCUCGGGCAGCCCAGAAGGAAGUUCUCGCCUCAGCCAGGGAGUCUGAGCGCAAAUCUAAGGCCAUGGAGGCCGACAUCAUCCAGCUGCAUGAGAUGUUGGCAGCAGCUGAGAGAGCUCGAAAGCAGGCAGAGGCGGAGAGAGACGAGCUGUCUGAAGAACUGGCCAGUAACUCCUCUGGAAAGUCACUGCUGUCUGAUGAAAAGCGCCGCCUGGAAACCAAGAUCAGCCAACUGGAGGAGGAGCUGGAGGAGGAGCAGACCAAUGUGGAGAGUCUGAACGACCGGCUGAGGAAGAGCCAGCAGUUGUUGGAGCAGCUGGGAACAGAGCUGGCAGCAGAGAGAUCUUCCUCUCAGAGCAGAGAGGGAUCCAGACAACAGCUAGAGAAACAAAACAAGGAGCUGAAGGCCAAACUGCAGGAGAUGGAGGGCCAGGGACGCUCUAAACUCAAGGCCUCCAUCGCUGCUCUGGAGGCUAAACUGAGAGAAGUGGAAGAGCAGCUGGAAAUCGAGAGCAGAGAACGUCAGGCCAGCGCCAAGAAUCUGCGUCAGAAAGAGAAGAAACUGAAAGAUUUAACCAUCCAGAUGGAGGAUGAGCGGAAGCAGGCGCAGCAAUACAAGGACCAGGCGGAGAAGAGCAACAUCCGGGUGAAGCAGCUGAAGCAUCAGCUGGAGGAGGCGGAGGAGGAGGCGCAGCGCGUGGUGGCGGCCCGCAGGAAACUGCAGAGGGAGCUGGACGAGUCGACAGAGGCCAAUGAUGCCCUCAACAGAGAUGUGGCUUCACUCAAGAGCAAACUGAGGCGUGGCGGUGGGGAGGCGGUGUUCAGCAGCCCCAGUCCUCGGAGCAGCAGCGGCGGUAGCAGCAGCAUCAGGAGCUUGGGGCUGGGAAGUAGCAUCAGCCGGAGGAACACCAUCAAAGAGAACUCGGUGGAGAUGCAGGAGGAAGAGUUUCGUUCCCCAUCUCCUCCUGCCUGCACCCCACCUCUGGAGGCCCUCGAGGAGGCCUACACCUGCUCUGCCGACGAGUAGAAGGACCAGACUCUUUGCAAUGAUUGGGUUUCAAGUGAAGUGAGCCUUUCCAGAAAUAUUUUUACAGUUUAAAUUAGAAGAUUUUCCCAUUUAUUAAUAACGCUCCAGAACCACAGGAGAAUCCUGGACACUUUAAUCAUACUACGGAUUAAUGUAAAGUUAUUUUUGGUUUGUAAGGAAUACAAAUUAUUUGGAGGAAAGUGAGGAGAUAAUUUAAUUAUUCCCAACUAAACAGCACAAUAGAAAACAAAAUUAGCUAUCCCUGUCAUACUAAUACCAUGUUAUUCUGAUGACAGAAUUUUCUAUUUAUUCCUUAAAUUAUUUUUAAACAUUUUGUCUGUAAAAUGUAUAUUUUUCAAGCAAAAAUGUCAAACUGUUUCUGGUUCCAUCCUCUCAAAAGUGAGAUUUUGCAGCUUUUGAACUGUUGAUGACAUGAAACAAGCAUUCUGCUGAACUUUAUGAUGGGCCUACUUUGCAGCAUUUUAUUUAAAAACUAUUUAUCAGCUUAUCUGGAAAAUAUUUGACUAGAUUUAAGAGCAAAAAUAUAUUUUACAUUUGUUUUUAAAGCCUUCAGGUGUGCCUCCUUUUUUCUUGGUCUAGCCUUUUGCCAAUCCUUGGUAUCCUUAAAGUUGAAAUAACCUUUGAUGUUUGUUCACUAGUGAGAAAUUGGAUUUUAUGUAAUUUGUUCUAAAAAAAAAAAUACUACAAAACUAAAAUAAACCUGCCGAAUUUGAAUUUAUCCAAAAUCUUAAAGCAAGUUGAUUCAGUUUCUGUGCUUGUCUAUAAUUUCUACAGCUCUUUUUCGACUUUGGUGAUGCUUCGUGCUGUAGCUUCAGCUGCCUUGUUUCAAGUUUCAAAGUGAAAUUUAGCCACUAUUGGAUUGAUCUGAUUGCAACAAAUAUUGGCAGCUUCAAUCCAAAAAUAUUCACCACCUAAAAAGAGAAUGAGUUACCCAUCUAUGCUUCAGUCCCGCCUAAAUUGAACUAAACAUAGCAAAACUUAAAGAGGUCCACUUGUUUGUAAAGUUCAAACAUCAACAAGCUACAUGUAAGCCUAAUUGAUUUAUUUAAUCUGCUUAUAAUAGUCAGAGGAUUUGUCUGUAUAUGUCUGAGGAGUCUCAGUCUUCCAGGUCAAGUUUUGUCUAAGUGCUAAAAUGAAGGCAGCCUGAGUUUCCUGAAAAGAUUUCAGCUCUCAUCUGAAACAUUUGUUCAGUUCUGACUACUCAAAUGCAUCAUCACCAUUACCUACGACAAACAGUCACCAUCCUAGCUGCUCUGCUUGCUAACCCUCCAACAACAGAAACUCCCAGGAUUUUACCAAAAAAGUCAGAAAACACAACCAUGGCAACUUUACUUCUCUACAUGAAAGAUGUAGUCGGAGCUUGUUGGAUUAUGUGGCCUCAACAUCAACACACGCAGAAAAUCCCAAAACACAUACAGACCAUGAUGUACCAUUUGAUUCUCAGCACUGACUAGGUCCACAAGGACAGAGAGGAAGAAGCACAAAGCACUUUAAACUAACUCCCACAACUACUUUCAAUAUCAAUGCACCAGAAAUUUGAAUUUAUACUAGUCCACUAGUUCAGCAAAAAAAAUAGCUUUUCAAAGACGGAUUUGAAAUUUUGAAUGUCCUACAUUCUUCAACUAAACUGUAUUUUAGAUGACGCUGGGCACUAACUGUGUAUAACAGAACGAGUCACUAGAAGUAAGUUAACAACAAUGGAGACAUUUUUGCCAAUUUAAACCACCUAAAACAAAUGAGGUGUUCUACAACAUAGUCCUGACAUCCCUCCAGACACAGCUUAACAGUCAGGAGACCCAAACAUCUCCUGUCCAAUCAGAACUGAAGAAGCCUUUCAGAUGAGAGGUGAAACUAUCAACCUAAAGCACAACCAGCUGCCUUCGCUGAGCACUUGCAUAUGAAUUCUCUAGAUCAAUCUUCAAGAAUAAAUGAUAACAAAUUGCUGUCAUGACACACGCACGUUUGCUCUUCAUGAUGCAAGUUCCACAAUUAAUUUAAAACCCAUUUGGUUAUCGCAGUAGUCUAAAGAGCUGGAAAUGCAUUACACAAAUUCAUCCAAUCCUGCCAUCAUGGUUUAGGCUUCACUUUGUUUGGAUGCAACAACACGGUUAUUAAACAGGCCGAUUCCAAAUGGAUUAGCUUUAAUUAGUAAAAUAAACUUUAUUUAAUAAAAUAAUUAAAGCAGUGAGCAGAAGGGAGCUAUAAAUGCUGUAGAUUUAAACUGUCUGGAAUCAGAGUACUAAAUGUUUCAUUUUGUAAAGUGAAAUGAAGGCAAUAAAAGAUAUUUUAAAUGUUUUUGGAUUAAUAGAACAUAAUUUGUGAAAUAGUAUAUUUAGAUUGACUUUGCAUUUCAGGUAGCUACAUAUAGUGUAGUCAGUUAUACUAAAAAUAUAAGGUGGGUUGGAAGACAGCAUUACAAGUCAAUUAAAAAAAAAAAGUCAAACAGUAGCACUUAUGAACUUCUAAUUUGACCCAUUUGUAACAAUUCAGGUGUCAGUGAUUUUCUGAGUGUUUUACACCAUUUCAGAAAUAAGUUCUGUCCUAAAAUUCCCAGAGUAUCGUCAACGUCAUUAGUGAACGCAGUACAAGUUGGUUGAAAACAAUGUGCACAUCGUCUACAACAUUUAGAUGCUCUUGUCCUCAUGGCAGAGUGUUUAAAAACAUCUGUUCUCAAGACAUCUACAGACUCAGUGAAGACUGCUAAACAGCUGCAGAAAAUAAUGUCCACUACACAACAAAAAGAGCAUUUAACCCUUUUCUCAGGUUGAAUCUGUGUUCUAAUGUAAAACAGCUAAAAGUUUUGUAAGUGCAAUGUUUAAAUUUAGCAAGGAAAUGUUUCCAUUGUGGUCACAAUCUUUGGAUUACAAAAUAAAGCUGCAAAUUAUUAAAUGGGUUCAAACCUGCCACUGACUAAAUAUAUUUUCAUUCAAAUGGGUUUAAAAGUUUAAGGAUUACUAAGCUUUUGAUUAAUAAUCACUUUGUUUUUUGUUGGGUUUUUAUCUGCUCAACAUGUUUUUCAGAAAAUUAUACAUCCCUUUGCAGUCCAGCUGUAAAGGUAAUAAAUGAAAGGCACAAACUGAGACUAGUUCUUCAUGCACUUCAUUGGGGGGGCGUUCAGAAUAAUAGAAGAAUGUUUGCUUUGAAACUGAAUGUUGAAUUCUAUUUAUAGCCCAGCUGUUUUCUUCUUGAGAGUGUGUGAUUUUAAACCUCACAGAUACACAAUAUAUAAUUAUAAUAAAAGUGAUGUGUACGACAACUGCUGUGACGCAGGACUUUCUGCUUUGUGAACCUAAGAAGUGCUAUUAAAUUGCUACAAAACCCUCCCCCACACAUUCUGUAAUGAAUAAAAUCUAUGCAACUUU